CACAUUUCCCCACAGCAGACAAAUCUCAUUCUAAGACAAUAAGGAACUGUUAUUUCUGUGGGCAGGGCAAUUCUACCAUAAAAUAACCAACCACCUGUUGGAAGCAGACCUCCAGACAAGGCAAGUUUCAGUCCAUGGUAGAAGGACAGUAGCAAAGCAAGAAGAGUGUGGAUUGAAAGUGCAGCCAAGAAAAGAAAGAAAGAUUAGCAGGACUUGGGGGAGCAUCUGAAAAAAGAAGAAGAAGAGUCUGCUGAGAAGGUCAUUGCAGAACUUCAAGGAAAAGAAGGAGAGGAGACCAGGUUGCAAGAUGAGCAAUCCAGAGAAGAAGACACCUGAAAUGAAUGAACCCCUUCAUCCUGGGUUUCAGCCUGAUCCGAUGAAAUCAGCUAUCAAUCCACCACCUCCAAUGUAUGGGCCGUCUCCCUCUAUGCCAUACCAGUACCAAGCUUACUCUGCACCUCCUGGAGCCAUACCUGUCCAGCCUCAACAGACCAUCCUCAUCGCAAAUGUCCAAACUGCCAAUGAACCAGAUUAUUUGGGCUACUCCAUCUUCACCCUCCUUUGCUGCUGCUUCCCCUUGGGCAUUGCUGCCUUGAUUUACUCUAUAAAGACUCAAGGGGCCAAUCAUCAGGGAGACGUCGCGUCUGCUAGGAAAUAUUCCAAACUGGCCCUUGUCUUGGAUCACACAGCACUUGGACUGGGGAUUGCGUGGAUCGUUCUGACUAUUAUUUUGGUCAUUGUGUUCUCCACCGUGGCUGCCUCGGUUUCGAUUCAGCAGAACCAGUUUGGAAAUUACAAUCCCUGAAGACACCGUAUUAUCUCAAAUGACUUCUGUCCUUACUACAUGAAAGAGAAGUCAGAAAUCUAAAUUAAAGUCAUAGUCUUUGAAUUAAUGUCAAUCGUGUAAAACUCUUGGUGCAGAAUCUAACCAUACGCUGGUCCUUCAGAUUUCCCGUGUCGUAGGCUAGCUCACACAUGCUUUGUUGACCGGCAACAGGAGCUAAGAUCUGCCCCAUAUUACAUUGAAGAAAACAUUAGGCUGUCUGAAAUCCUAUAAUCCAGAAUUCUGAUUCGUAUUGACCCCAGAUUGAAACAAUAGCUUGGGAAAAAGAUAAAUGUAUCAGUUUUCAGGCCACAUGUGAAGCAUUAGUUCAUUUGGUGGUGAACACUGCUUAUAUUAAAAUACAUGUAAUCAGUUCUAAUUAAUAUGAAAUGGAUGCAAUACACUAGACAUGAGAACUGAAGUCACAUUUUGUUGGAAAUCUACCAUAAGGAUAUUUCUCUUAUUUUCUCUGAAACAAUGUACUAUAAGACAUUAUCAUUACUUAUAAGACACAGUGUUAUCAUCAAUCAAAAGUGAACAAUUUGGUAUCUUCAUGUAGCUUUCCAAAUCCUGACACACAUUUGACUCCAAAUUAUAAACUUUAAUGUGAUUGUAGGAAAAUCCCUGUCUCAUCUUUCUGUAUAAUUGAUGUUAUUGUCACAUUGCUCUUAUUGUUGGAAAUUAUUAUGUGUUAUCCAAAUAGCAUCUGCCCUUCUGCAAGUUGACAACUCUGUACUGCACUGAUACAAUACAAAGCGAGACUUUAUUAAAUGC